AUGAAUAGCGAUCGAUUAUCCACUUCCACAUCACUUCAGUCCUCAGUAGGUGCCACUUCUGCUGAAGAAUUGGCUGAAAAGUAUCAAAAGUUAUUCUUAGAAUUCUCUCGAAUAAAAGCACAGCAUUCGGUCCUUAAGAAGGCCGUUAUAAAGGAACAAUCGGAAAAGAAUACGUUACAAGAUGAAUGUAAAACCAAAGAACAGAAAUUGCGAUCAUCAAUUCAACAACUUGAUCUUUUAACCUUUCACAACCAACGUUUGACCAAACGUAUUGAAAGUUUACAGGAUUCAGGAAAUUCGAGGAUGUCUCCUUGGUUGUUGGGUUCAGCGAAGAAAGAACUUGAAAAAUCAAAGAUUACCCUUGAAACUACCUCAAAAGAGUUAUCUCGAAAGAUUGAAGAAAAUGAAAAGUUACAUAAAGAACUUUUUGAAGUGAACAGUUUGUACACUCAGCACGUUAACGUUCUUCAAACGAAAAUAUCUGAUUUUGAGAGUAAGACCGAAGAACUUCAGAUGGAUUUGACAACAUCACACCAAGCAAGUGAAGAGGCUCUAAGUAUAAUUCGUCAAGAAAAAAGAGAUGUUGAGAUUGAAUUAGAUCAGACAAGAGCAGAACUACGAAUAACGAAGGCUCUUAUGGAAAAAAAUGAACAAAAAUUGAAAGAGGGUGAUGAUGCAUUGCGUUUUGAGUUAAUUGCACUCAGACAAACUCUUUCAAUUAAUCUUGGCUUAGCAGAUGAGACUCAAUCUGAACAAUUCAAUGCUUUAAGUGAAAAUUUUGAUUCUGAAUCUAACGAGAUAAUUGCAAGCUUUAAGCAAUUACAAUCCAGUACUAGAGAAUAUUUGAAUGCUCUUAAAGAUGAUUCAGACUCAUCCUAUGAGUUAGGUGUGAAAGUAAAAAAUGCGAGUCUAACAUGGCAAAAAAAUUUGCAUAAAUUUGCGUUUAAAUUAGCUUCUGCUCAAAAUCGAAUAACUGAGUUGACAUCGGAAAAUGAAUUACUCAUCAAAACUAAUGAAAACGACUCAAAUAAAGUCGCAGCAUUAGAAAAAGAAAUUUCCACUCUAAAGGAAGAAUUGGAAAAGUUAACUUCCGAUGGUGUUACAUCGGAAAUAGGCCAAUUACAAAAUACUUGUUCACAGAAUUUAGAUAAUGAGCAAGUUCAUCAGUCGUUCUCAGAAAAAGAUAGUACCAAACCGGAUGAUGGCAUUGAUAAUCCUAAAUUAUAUUUAAAUGAGUUCGAUGGAACUAAGUCGAAGCCAACGUCACAAAACGAUUCAUUCCAGAUGGGAUCAAACGUAAAGGGAGACGGAACUCCUGAAUUAAUAUUUGGAGAUCAAGAUGACAGUGAAGAAGAAGGAGAGUCAGAUGUAUUUGUUUAUCUACCUGAGAAAGAAAGUGGUGGAACACCUGUUAGUGAAGAAUCAACACUACAAUUAGCAACAUCAAAUGGAUUGUGUGCGCAUUGUGGUAAAUCUAUCCAGGAUGAUGAUAAUGAAACCAGCAAUGGAACAGCACGUUUCCUCGCUUUAGGACGCGAUGACAUGAGCGUGAAUGAUGCUAAGCAACGCGAAGAACUAAUCAAGAAUAAUUAUCAAUGUCAAAUAAAACAAUUAAACGAGCAGGUUCAGAUGGCAGAUAGCAAAUCUGUUCGAUUAUAUAAAGGUUUAAAGAUUAUGCAAGCUAAGUUGGCAGAUGCUGAAAGUGAUAAGUUGCGAGCUGAACAAGAAAUUAAUAAAUUACAAAACGAAUUAGAUAAAAUGAAGGAAAAUUUGGCAGAAGAAAAAAAUGGCCAUAAAACAUCAGUAGAUACAAUGACAGAUUGGAUUUCAAAAUUAUCCGCUAAAAAUGAAGAACUUGAAAGAGAAAUUGAAAGACAAUAUACGGAAGGUGGCUCUUCAAGAA